GAAACAUGACGCGGCGUCUGUCGUCUCUGGAGUUUCGCCUCAGCAUCAUUUCCUCUCUUCUUCUGAUCUGUUGUGUUGGACUGAUCAUAGUUUCGUGGAUCAGCCUGAAGCCUGAAGGUGGCGGUGCGUCUGCGGUGCUGAGCGGGCGGAUGGUGAUCACAGAGGGAGCCGUGUUCUCUGAGGAGCUGAGGAACUCCAGCAGUCUGCAGUUUAAGUCUCUGGCCUUUGACGUCCAGCAGCUGGUGUCCGAGGCGUUCGGCCACACGGAGCUCCACCGGCUCUACAGGUCCUGUCAGGUGUCACACUUCAGUCGGGGCAGCGUGGCCGUGACCUUUGACCUGUGCUUCAAUCAGCUGAUCGAUGCGAAGGAGGCGGAGCAUCAGCUGGGGGCGGGGCUUCAGGACACAGAGAGAGGAGGACUGGUGAUUGACAGAAACAGCAUUCACAUCACAGAGAAACCAGACAAGACGACGGCUGCGCCGCCGACUGUCACACCUACGGCAGUGACGUGUCCUCCUCAUCACAAACCCUGUGCUGACGCGCUGACGUGUGUUCCGAUCAAUCGGUUCUGUGAUGGAGUCGAUGACUGUCCCGACGCCUCUGACGAAGACGCCGCUCGCUGUGCAACAUCGUGUGACGGACAGUUCGUGCUGACAGGGCCGAGCGGUUCGUUCAGUUCAUCGCACAUUUCUGAAACGUACGACGACAACAGCUUCUGUCGCUGGAUCAUCAGAGCGGGUUCCAGCCUCUCGGUUCAGAUCAGUUUCCAUCAGUUUGUUACAGAAGAAAACAUCGACACUCUGAGACUGUAUGAAGGAGCUGGACCUGACAAAGUGCUGACAGCUGAGCUCUCAGGCUCCGCCCCUCCUGGGAUCGUGUGGCUGCUCUCCGACCAAUCGACUGUGGAGUUCCUCUCUGAUGAUGUCAACAACCUGCCAGGGUUCCGCGCCACCUACGUUGCCGUCAACACGUCCGGCCUCUCCAGUGAGGAGAAGCUGACCUGCACCUUUGAGCAGGGCACGUGUUUCUGGAGGCAGCAGCAAGACCACGAUGACGGACAAUGGAUUCGAAUCAGCGGUGCCACAUUUCCGCCGCUGACUGGCCCGAGCGUCGACCACACUCUGGGUAACAGCUCAGGUUUCUACAUCGUCACACCUUUGAGUCCCGGCCAAUGGCUAAAGAGCUUCAGGAUCCACAGCCUCCCUCUGCCUCCAACCAAACACGCCAUGUGUCUGAGCUUCUGGUACCACAUGUUCGGAGAGGACGUCCACCGUCUCCAGGUCCUGCUGCUGCACUUGUCUCCAUCUCAGCCUGAACCAGAUGUUACCCUGUUGUUCCAGAGAGACGGUAACUAUGGUGACAACUGGAACUACGGCCAGGUGACCCUCAACCUGACGGCUGAGGCCAGGGUGGUGUUUGAAGCUCUGAAGAAAGGAGGGAUGAGGAACGACAUUGGUCUGGAUGACAUCACACUGACUGCAGAUCACUGCGGCCCCGCCCCCCCUGAACCAACCAAUGUACCGCCUCCGACGACGACGCCCCCAAUACCAGCUGACUGUGGCGGACCCUUUGAUCUCUGGGAGCCAAACUCCACCUUCAGCUCACCAAACUACCCACAAUCCUAUGGGAACAAGGCUCAGUGUCAGUGGACUCUGCACGCUGUGGAGGGUCGAAACAUCCAGCUCCACUUCCUGGACUUUGAUGUCGAAGAAGCCUUUGACGUGGUGGAGGUGCGGGACGGGGUGGGGCCUAACUCUGUCUCACUGGCUAUCCUCACUGGUAGUGAUGGCCCCGCCCACGACUUGUUCUCAACAACCAAUCAGAUGACAGUAUGGUUCUUUACUGACAAAUCGGGUCACGGCCGAGGAUUCAGAGCCAACUUCACCUCUGGGGUCGGCCUGGGGUCACCAGCUCCGUGUGCAGCCGGUCAAUUCCAGUGUCAGGCAGGAAGUUGUAUCCAUGGUAACGGUCAGUGCGAUGCUGUGGUUGAUUGCCCCGAUGCCUCUGAUGAAGCCGACUGUGUUGUGUUGCAGGUGAACGGUUCGAGUCGUCUCCAGUUUCGACUGGUCUCUGCUCUGUUCACUGUGUGUUCUGACACCUGGAGCUCUCACCUGUCUGAUUUCACCUGUCAGUACUUGGGAUACAGGUCUGGGACAGCCUCGCCGCUGCCAGCUCUGCCCCAAGAUUCACCGUUUACAACCAUCACAGUUACCAGCAACGGGACACUGGAAACCACUGUCAGUGAGGUGUGCGUCAGUGAGGAAGUGAUCGCUCUGAGCUGUGAUAACCACCCUUGUGGAGUUCGUCAAGUCGCUAACAUCACAGGAGAGAUGAGCCAAUCAGAAGAGAGGAAACCUGGUCAAGGUGUGGCCCGGGUGGUGGGCGGGGCUGAUGCAGUGAAGGGGGCGUGGCCGUGGAUCGUGUCUCUGCAGUGGCGGGGGCGUCAUGUGUGCGGCGCCUCAGUGAUUGGCAGCGAUUGGCUGCUGACAGCUGCACACUGCGUCUACGGGAAGAACGUUCACCUGGAGUCCUGGUCGGCCGUGCUCGGCCUUCACUCUCACAGUGACACGAACUCUAUGGACGUUCAGACCCGACGAGUCGAUCGCAUCGUCAUCAACAAACAGUACAACAGACAAAGCAAACAGGCUGACGUCGCCAUGAUGCACCUGCAGCAGCCAAUAAGCUUCACCCAGACCAUCCAGCCGCUGUGUUUACCUGCUGAAGACGUCACACCAGGAAGAACAUGUUUCAUUGCUGGUUGGGGACGAGAUGCUGAGCAGGGUUCUCUCCCUGACGUUCUCCAGGAGGCCGAGGUUCCUCUGGUGGGUCAGGAUCAGUGUCAGCAUCAGUUACCUGAGUACAACAUCACCUCCAGUAUGCUGUGUGCCGGGUUCCCUGAGGGAGGGGUCGACUCCUGUCAGGGCGACUCUGGAGGUCCACUGAUGUGUCUGGACAAUGGACACUGGACUCAGAUUGGUGUGACCUCGUUUGGGAUUGGCUGUGGGCGUCCUCAGAGGCCAGGAGUCUACGCUCGAGUCUCCGCCUUCGCCUCCUGGAUUGCCCAGACCAGACGCUCCUCCCCCUGACCCUGACCCCCCUCCUCUCCUUGCUGGGAGAUUUGUCUAAAACAAGUUUUCAGGUUGUUUCUUAUUGAUUUUAUUAUUG